CAAAGAAAAAAUUUACGAGUGGAAAAAAGAAGAAUAUAUGGUGUGGUGGCAAGACCAGUUAUAUUUUUAUUAUCAACUGGCAUAUUUUGUAAAGCUAGUUGGGUGAAUAUGUUUGACAUCUGAGAGCAAACGAAAAGAGAUGUGAAAAAUGUCGGAUAAAAGUGAAACUCGGUGAUCUAAACUGGACAAAUAUAUAACAGUGAAGGAAAGAAAAUUCAGUAGAUUAUUAACGUUGCUUUUUGGAAGGUCACGAUCAUCACCACUGCGUCAGUAGAUAGUUAAUUGAAAGAGGGGAACCUGUGAAGCUUGAUUUCAUACAGGUCAACACGUACGCACGAUACAAAAGAAAAGGAGAACACGUACGGUGAAAUAAAAAGAGAUCGCACGUAUGCUACAAUCCUUUGAAAAAACUUACGAAUGGGGCACGGAAAGAUGUUUAUUAUUUUUUUUAUUUGUGACUGUGAUUAAAACGAAUAUUUUUGAUUGAAAUAUGAGUAGUACGGAACCAUCUAUAACUUUGAUUGCUAAUAUGACGUCCACAACUGUCACUGCAAUUUCUAAGAAAACAGCUCCAAUUUUCUUACAAACACGAGCAGCUCAAGGUAUUGCUGGUGCAUUUGUUUGGGUUGCAUUAUUUUUAACUUGUCAACAGAUUUAUCAACACUUAAGGUGGUAUACUAAUCCAACAGAGCAAAGAUGGAUAGUUAGAAUUCUGUUUAUAGUACCAAUUUAUGCUACUUAUUCUUGGGUGUCUCUACUAUUUUUCUACAGUGAAAGUUAUUAUGUUUAUUUUUUUACUGUUCGAGACUGUUAUGAAGCAUUUGUUAUAUAUAACUUUUUGUCAUUAUGCUACGAGUACCUGGGUGGUGAAGGAAAUAUUAUGUCUGAGAUACGUGGCAAACCUAUUCGUUCUAAUUGUUUAUAUGGAACAUGUUGUCUAGUUGGGAAAACAUAUACAAUUGGUUUUCUUAGAUUUUGCAAGCAAGCUACUUUACAAUUUUGCUUGGUAAAACCAGUAAUGGCAUUUGUCAUUAUAUUUCUUCAGGCAUUUGGUCAUUAUAGAGAUGGAGAUUGGUCUCCAGAUGGAGGCUAUAUUUAUAUAACUAUAAUUUAUAACAUCAGUGUAUCUCUUGCACUUUAUGGACUUUUUCUUUUCUAUUUUGCUACAAGAGACUUAUUAACACCAUUUGAACCUGUCUUAAAAUUUUGUACUGUUAAGAGUGUUAUCUUUCUUUCAUUUUGGCAAGGAGUAUUAUUGGCUAUUCUUGAAAAAGCAAAUGUAAUUUCUCCUAUAAGCUUAGAUCAAUCAACUAGUGCAGGAACUGUUUCUGCUGGUUAUCAAAACUUUUUGAUUUGUAUUGAAAUGUUAUUUGCUGCUAUAGCUUUACGUUAUGCAUUUCCUUACCAAGUGUAUUCAGCUGGUUGUGUUACGGAUUCAAGAGGAAGAAGUGUAACAAUGCAAAGCAUUAGCAGUAGUUUAAAGGAAACUAUGAAUCCAAAAGAUAUAAUGACUGAUGCCAUCCAUAACUUUCAUCCACAAUAUCAACAGUAUACCCAGUAUAGUUCUGGAGCACCUAAAGGACAACGUGGUAUGCGGAUAUCCAGCUUCGAUCCAGAUGAUCCACAGAAUAUGACAAUACCACCACCACAAAGACGGCAUACUUCUCAUCAACGUGUUGCUACAAUUUCUCAAAAUUAUAAUGAGAAGACAAUGCUUUUGAGCAGUGAUGAUGAGUUCCAAUAGAUAUAAUAAAUCAUGUACAAAAAGAUACAAAAAAAGAAAAAGAUCGAAAAAUACAUUAAUGUUGGACUUCCGUGAAAUUAAUUUCAAGAAAACACUAUGUAUACUAUUAAAUGAUUAUACGUCAUUAGGUAGGAACUUAACUCGCUCACAGAACAAACGAAUAAACAAUUCGUUGAUGUAAAUCAUCACGAUAUAAUAGUUCCAUGUUACAUUCGUGUUAAUAUAUGUAUUAUGUUACAUCAUGUAGCAUAGAAGAUAUUUAUUUUAAUAUGCUGAACAUGUUUAAGGCAAUGUUACCUAUAGAGGUGGCUAUUAUAAUAAUAUAACAAUUUUUAUUUUAAAAAAUAAUUUGUUUUUCAGAGAAAGGCAUUGUACAGUACUUAAUGUUUAAAUACUCACAAUAUGUUGCUGCAUUAUUUAUUGUAGUUAAACAAUAUUUUUACACUCUGAACAAACACUAUGUAUAUGUUUAUAUAACAGUAUUUCUAAUUCAUAUGAGAUUACCGUGUAAUUUUGCCAGUGGAAAAUACUUAUUUUAUAAAAUACACUAAGAAAAACUUCUAAUUAUUGCACGCGUCCGAUAUAUAUAUAUAUAUAUAUGUGUGUGUGUGUGUGUGUGUGUGUGUGUGUAUGAUAUAUUGUUUGUAUGAGCGCGUGCAUGUAUGUGAAUGUAUGAUAUGAAUAUUACUGGAGAUAUAUAUAUAUAUAUAUAUAUAUAUACACAUAUAUAUGUAUGUAUAUAUAGCUGAGCUACAAAAAUCUUUGCGUCCUAGAUUAAUAAAUAAAUGAGUGUAUAUAUCGUUAAAAUAGAAUGUAUUUAAUAAUUUACGAAUUAAACAAUUUUCCUUCGAUA